GCCAUCGAUGGAGGCAGCGCUCGAAAUGAGACACCCGGAGCUCUUUUAGUUGCAGAUAUUUCCCGGUCUACUGUGAGAUCUCCUCACCUUUUUCAUGUAUUACAAAAUGUGGAACACAUGUCCAGCUCUAACUGAUGCCUCCGUAGAGAGCUGGGGAUCUUGAACGCCGGGCGAAAAGGGAAACUCGCAGCCGUCCUUUCUCGCGUUUGCGCACAGAGCGGUUUGUAUAUGCAAAAGGUGGUUUAUUUCAGAAAGUCAUGGAGGGACUCGUCUAAGGAGGACCCAACAUAAUCGUCCUUUUCCCAAUUCCUUUCCGGUCUGGUUAAUUUCUUUUUACCUCUUCCUGGCAAGUGCUGCCUAUUUCCCUGCACACAAUGGCAGAGAUGGCUGGUCCGGGGGUUCUGAAACCAGGGGGCAGAUCCACGACUUCGCUUCCACCUGAGCCUAUCGAGAUUAUCCGGACCAAAGCCUGUUCCCGGAGGGUCCGCAUCAAUGUCGGGGGCCUCAACCAUGAGGUCCUAUGGCGGACCUUGGACCGGUUACCCCGAACCAGAUUAGGCAAACUCAGAGACUGUAACACCCAUGAGUCCCUAAUGGAGGUUUGUGAUGACUACUGCCUAAAUGAGAACGAAUACUUCUUCGACCGACACCCGAGCGCAUUCACGUCCAUCUUGAAUUUUUAUAGAACUGGAAAACUGCAUAUGAUGGAGGAAAUGUGCGCUCUGUCUUUUGGGCAAGAGCUUGAUUACUGGGGCAUUGAUGAGAUCUACCUGGAGUCGUGCUGCCAGGCACGCUACCACCAAAAGAAAGAGCAGAUGAACGAGGAGUUGAGGAGAGAGGCAGAGACUCUGAAAGAGAGGGAGGGCGAGGGGGAAUUUGAUAACACCUGCUGCCCAGACAAGAGGAAGAAACUUUGGGACCUCUUGGAGAAACCAGGUUCUUCGGUCGCUGCUAAGGUUUUGGCCAUUAUAUCCAUCCUGUUCAUCAUACUUUCAACAGUUGCACUGUCCCUGAACACCUUGCCUGAACUCCAAGUAAUAGACGAAUUUGAACAAGCCAAUGACAAUCCUCAACUUGCUCACGUUGAAGCUGUGUGUAUUGCAUGGUUUACAAUGGAGUAUCUCCUGCGCUUCCUGUCCUCACCAAACAAGUGGAAAUUCUUCAAAGGGCCACUAAAUGUCAUUGACUUGUUAGCUAUAUUACCCUACUACGUCACUAUAUUUCUGACCGAAUCAAACAAAAGUGUGCUGCAGUUCCAAAAUGUGAGGAGGGUGGUGCAGAUAUUCCGCAUCAUGAGAAUAUUGAGGAUUCUGAAAUUGGCGAGACAUUCAACUGGACUGCAGUCCCUUGGAUUCACCCUCAGGCGCAGUUACAAUGAGCUUGGCUUACUCAUAUUGUUCUUAGCCAUGGGUAUUAUGAUUUUCUCGAGUCUGGUGUUCUUCGCAGAGAAGGAUGAGGAUGCAACAAAAUUUACCAGUAUCCCAGCUUCAUUUUGGUGGGCUACAAUCACCAUGACAACAGUUGGCUAUGGAGAUAUUUACCCACAGACUUUGCUUGGCAAAAUAGUUGGUGGACUUUGCUGCAUUGCUGGUGUGCUGGUCAUUGCCUUACCCAUACCUAUUAUUGUGAACAACUUCUCAGAGUUCUACAAGGAGCAGAAACGACAGGAGAAAGCCAUCAAGAGAAGAGAGGCCUUAGAACGAGCAAAGAGGAAUGGCAGUAUCGUGUCUAUGAAUCUGAAAGAUGCCUUUGCACGAAGUAUGGAGCUCAUGGAUGUUGUCGUAGACAAAAUUGAUGAUAAACAGCCAAUGGAUAACCAUCUAUCUCCGAGCCGGUGGGGUAUUCCGAAGCGCACAUCCUCAGAGACCAGCCUAAGAUCCUUUGACAAAAAGUUUCCUGACAGCGACCCGCACGGAUCACGGGAAUAUGUCAGAACACCAAGUCCGCAGCACCUCAAUGCUCAGAAACUGGAAGAAAUGUAUAACCAGAUGACAAAGACGCGGUCCUUCUCUGAUCUCAGCACAACUACAGCCUCAGGUCUGUCAAAACAUGAGGUAGAGUUGGAGAUGAAGGAAGUUCCACCUGCCACUGAACAAAAACCCAGGGAUAGAACCAUCACUGACAUGAGAAGCAUAUCAAGUGUUGACAGCUUUGCAAGCUGCACUGCUGAAUUUGGACAGGGUGAGAAGGCAUCCAUCCCUUCUUAUUCAGCAGAGCAGGUUCAGCAAAGGCAACCUAAAUCACCUCCACACCUUCACCUUGGCCAGCUGACACCCUCGGACAUGAGUCCGGAUGAGAUCACAGAAGAUACUGGCCCAUUUAAGGAUGGGCCUGUCAAUCCAGAUGGUGAGAAUUUUAAUGAGGUCGUGGAGAACAUCAGAAGUUCCAUUCGGGGCACAAAUUCAGUUAAGACAAAAUGCCUCAAAGUCAACUUUAUAGAAACACCAGAAGAUGCUCCUCCGACGCCACCCAACACCUCUUCCCCGCAGGAUAUCAACAACAGUCUUCUGGAAGACGACUCCCCGGAGGGAGAGUGCUCUCCUCUCUAUUCAGAUUCAGAGCCACUGGCUAGUAUCCCAAAGAAAGGCUUAGUUCUUUCUCCAAAGAUACUAGCUGGUGAAUACCUUCCUGGGGAGACAGCAUUGCUUCUGGGAGAGUUGGUGGAACAUGAGUAUCACAAGGAAAAUAAUCAGAAGGAAGUGGCUUCUGCAGCCAUAUCCUCACCCAAACUCUCAGCACAGAACUGCACUCAGGGUGUAGUUGCUAAUAAUGGGGAGGAGAAGCCAGACAUUAACCAAAGUGAACACAAGGUAGAGAACCACAUGUUUAAACCAGAGAUCCAUUUGAUGUCAGGGGAUGGUAAUCUUUCACCAUCCUGUGAAACUGGUAUGUGACUGUGGGCUGACAUUCUGACUGAAGCUACAAACUCACUUGAGGAAAAAAGGGCACACAGUUGUGAGCUGAAAGAUAUUUCUGCAUGGCAUGAAAAGUCCAUUGUAAUUGUGUUGUUGUCAAUUGUAAAAAUGAAUGAGACUGCAAUUCUCGCAGACAAGACCUGGAGGAUGCGGGUGCAAACAAGAGGCUUGCUUAGAAUGUAUCUACCCAUGAUAAGGACAUUGUUGGCCUACCUGUACAUUGUACCUUUUCACUUGUUCAAUUUUAUAGACAGUCAGUGAUGUAGGGGGACAAUUCUUCAAAUGCAUGCUUAUUAACAAUGCUGUUUUACGGUGCUUAGUUUGCUGAGAGCACUCCACGGUAAAUACAGAGACUACAGCAAUGACAAUGCACAUAGCCACAGAGGAAAUAGUGGAUGUCAAAAACAAUUUUUUUUUUUUAAAGAGGUAUUUAUCAUCAAAGACUGUGAAAAGUGAGCUGCAAAGUAGCGACGUAUUGAAACAUAUCAUGACUUUCUGUAGAAAUGCAAUGUGUACCUAAUUCAGAUGCGUUUUUUUGUUAAGAUUUAGGAAUGGCCUAUAAUGUCACCAAAAUAUGUUUUCAGAAUCAGGUUUAGUACCCAAAUUAACACCAUUAAUUGACAUCUUACAUUAAAUGACCAGACAUUUAUAUAUUUGCUGAUGGAUUGCACCACUUUUUUUUCUUGAUAUACAAAGUUACAUAUACACCUGCAGUUGCCAAAUACAUAACGGAUGAGAAUAGCAAUCAGAUUUUAUACAGUUGCUGUAAAAUGCAUAGCCAUAUUGCAAAACUAUUAUGAUAAAGUUAGAUUUGAACCUUUCGGAAGAAAAAUGUAAUGGCCUGCUUUUGAAGUUAUAUACAAAAAGAUGGGUACA